GACGUGUCUACAAACGAAUUAGGAGUAUAUACUCCACUUUUGUCACUGAAGCACAGACUUCGAGGUUAAUAUUUUCGUGCAUAUAAUGUUUUUUAUAGACUUAAGGGGUCAAAUGGAGGUUACAAAAUCCACAAAGAAGGUCAAACCGCCGCCGAUCGGCGAUCCUCAACGCCCCGUUGCCUCUGAAACUCCAGGGAAGAAACGCCAACGGUUUGCGCAUAAAGUUACAGCCUCCCCAUUAGAGCCUUCAAUGAUGAAAAGCUUAGAGCGUGCCGAAAAGUCGAACAUCCAAGGGCUACCUGCAUUUUGCUCUGCUAAAGACAUUCCUCGACGAAAGCGAACAAAACGAGGAGAUGGUGUUAAAAAUGCAAUCAACUCUGAACGGACCGGUCUAGAGGUUUUGAUACCUUCUACAGAAUGUCGGCGUCCAUGUCAGAAAAGAAAAUGUAAAGAAGUGCCUGCUCAAUCCACCGAUUCUGAACAAACUGUACCGUGUUUUACCCGAAUUCGAGGACAGACAAGGAGAAGAGGAACCGGCAAUGGCACAGACCAAGGGAAAUUAAACAGCAGUUUACUUAAUAAUUACCUGGGAAAUAUGUGGCAGAGCAUUCCCCGUGGUAAAAAGGAAUCAUCCACUUAUAUGGAUUGUUUGUGGUUUACAAUGUAUCAUGAACAAUCUCAGAGAGAGAAGGUUUUGAGAUGGAUCGUGAGGGAGAAAAUAUUUUCAAAGAAAUAUGUUUUUCUUCCCAUUUGUCAAUGGGAUCACUGGUGCCUUUUGAUCUUGUGUCACUUGGGCUCAAAAACCACAACUCCAUGCAUGUUACUUUUGGAUUCAUUGCAUGGUGCAGGUCCCAAGCGCCUUGAACCUCUUAUCAGAAAGUUCUUGUUAGGCGUCUAUAAAGCUGAAAAGAGACCUGAAACUAAAAAGCUGAUUGAUAAAAUUCCUCUUUUGGUACCCAAGGUUCCCCAGCAGAGAGAUGACAAGGAAUGUGGGUAUUAUGUUCUUUACUACAUUAAAUUAUUCCUGAUGAAUUCUCCAAAAAGUAUUAGCAAAUCCAAAUCCAGUGGAUAUCCUUAUUUUAUGAAGAACGACUGGUUUACGACGGGUAUGAUUGAAUCGUUUCGUAAAGCUCUCAGCUUAUAUGACCAACAGACAGGCGUAAUGGAUGAUAUAUGUAGUGAUGAUGCAAGUGAUGAAGUUAUAUUGGUCGAGAAACACUAAUUUCAUGUUAUAUUGGUUGAGUAAACACUAAUUUCAUGUUCCAGCUGACGUUAGCCAGAAGUUAUGGGGAGCCCAGGAGCAAGUUUCUGUAGAUAAAAUACAUUAACAGCCAAUAAGGCAUUUCGAUUUUCAAUAUCUAGUUUCCUUGGUGUAUCCUCAAAGAAGGUUACAGUAUUCUUUCCUGAAGUUUAAUAUCACAAAUUUAUAUA